ACAAAUUAAAAGAAGAUAAACCUAAAUCUUAUAUCCAGGCGUGGCAGUGUUGAGCCAGACCCACCCUCUCCUUCCCUGCCGAUCGACCCACACGGCCACACCCCCCGUCCCUUUCCUCCCCGUCGGUCUGCUCUGCCGUGACUCCUAGGCUACGACAGACGCCAGACACUAGUGGUGGCUGCGAAGCCGUCAAGGCACAAAGGGUGUUUUAUGGAUUUCCUCUUUGAUUUCAGUCAUGUUUGUCUCAGUCCUGGCUUUGGAGUGGUUCGAUUUAUCUUGUUGAGGUUAUCCAAAGCACUUCAUUCAUGGUGUCUCGCAACACAAGUAAUAGAUGAAGCAAUAGAGAAGUCACCAAUGAGUUUGUCUCCAUGUCAAAGGCCAUCUAACAUUCCUCAAAACAUAGAAAGUGGAGAUUGGGGAGUAUAUGCUAUUAAGCAUAUCGAAUUUGACAAAUGCACGUUUUUUUUGUGGUGAGGAAUUUAAAAUACGGUGCCAUUUCACCCCUAAAAUUAUAACUUCUUCAUCUUUAUUUUUUGGCCGUUAAACCUCUCCCAAAACCCUCUUAAAAAGCAAUGCUCUGUAUCUCCAACUCCAACAAUGGCGGUUUCAGCAAAGCUUCUCACGUUCCUCCUAACCCAAAAAUGCCCUAUUCUCAACUCCAUAGGACGCAAAAGCUAGGAACCCUUAGCUUCUCUUGUACUCUUCAAACUCGCCAACUUUCCUUUAGAAAAACGCAGGAGACAUCAGUCCUUAGCACUUCCUCUAUAAACUCCCAUAACCCAAACUAUGAUUUGAAAGACCUUUGCCUCCAUGGGAAAUUGGAAAAAGCUUUGGAAUUGUUGGAUUCUAUGGAAGAACUUGACAUUUUUGUAGAAGAAGACGUUUAUAUUGCUCUAGUAAGGCUGUGUGAGUGGAAGAAAGCACGCGAUGAAGGUACUCGUGUCCACUAUCAUAUUCUAAAUUCAAAGACCCAUUUGAGCGUUCGGCUGGGGAAUUCGUUGUUAAGUAUGUUUGUAAGGUUUGGGAAUUUGGUUGAUGCUUGGUACGUGUUUGGGAGAAUGGAGGAAAGGAAUGUUUUUUCUUGGAAUGUUUUGCUUGGUGGGUAUGCUAAAACAGGUUUUUUUGAUGAAGCUUUGAAUUUGUACCAUAAAAUGUUGUGGGUUGGAAUUAGGCCCGAUGUUUAUACUUUUCCUUGUGUUCUAAGAACUUGUGGCGGUAUACCUGACUUAAUUAGGGGUAGGGAGAUUCACGUCCAUGUUAUUAGAUUCGGGUUUGAGUCGGAUGUCGAUGUAAACAAUGCCUUGAUCACCAUGUAUGUUAAAUGUGGUGAUGUGGUUAAUGCACGCUUAGUGUUUGAUACAAUGCCCAAGAGGGAUAGGAUAUCAUGGAAUGCAAUGAUCUCUGGCUAUUUUGAAAAUGGCUUGUGUUUAGAAGGAUUUAAACUGUUCUUAGUGAUGGCCCAAUUGUCAGUAUUACCAGAUUUGAUGACUAUGACUAGUUUGAUAUCUGCUUGUGAGAUUCUUGGCAAUGAGAGAUUGGGGAAGGAAAUCCAUGCUUAUGUGAUUAAAACAAAGUUUGAUGAUGUUUCGGUACAAAACAGUUUGGUUAAGAUGUACUCGAGUGUUGGUUAUCUGGGGGAGGCAGAGAAAGUCUUUUCAAGAAUGACAUCUAAAGAUGUUGUGUCAUGGACAUCUAUGGUUUCCAGUUAUGAGAAUAAUGCGCUGCCUGAUAAGGCUGUUGAAACUUACGAAAUGAUGGAGUUACAAGGUAUCACACCAGACGAAAUCACCAUAGCUAGUGUUUUAACUGCUUGUGCAUGUUUAGGGAAUUUAGAUAUGGGUGUCAAACUUCAUGAGCUUGCUAUAAGGACUGGGCUUAUUUCAUAUGUCAUAGUUGCAAACACACUGAUUGAUAUGUAUUCCAAGUGUAAACGCAUCGAUAAGGCUUUGGAAGUGUUCCAUCGCAUCCCAGAGAAGAAUGUCAUAUCAUGGACUUCAAUUAUAUUUGGACUUAGAAUCAAUGAUCAGUGCUUUGAGACUUUGAUUCUUUUUCGGCAAAUGAAUCUUGUGGUGAAACCAAAUUCGAUUACCUUGGCUACUGUCCUAUCUGCUUGUGGUAAAAUAGGACUUUUGAUGGCUGGAAAGGAGAUUCAUGCUCAUGUUUUGAGGACUGGUAUAGCUUUAGAGGGUUUUUUACCCAAUGCCCUUUUGAAUAUGUAUAUAUGCUGUGGAAGGAUGGGUCCUGCUUUGAACCAGUUUAACUCCAAUGAAAAAGAUGUUGUGGCUUGGAAUACUCUUAUCAAUGGUUAUGCCCAGCGAAAGCAAGGGCCUCUCGCUGUGGAGACUUUUAUGAAAAUGGUGAACUCCAAGGUAAAUCCAGAUGAAAUAACUUUUGUUUCACUAUUAUGUGCUUGUAGUAGAUCACAUAUGGUCACUGAAGGCUUGGAGUAUUUUAAUGAUAUGAAGCAUAAAUACUCAAUCACUCCUAAUCUGAAGCACUAUGCUUGCGUGGUUGAUCUACUUGGCAGAUCUGGGCACUUAGAUGAUGCUCAUGCGUUUAUACAGAAAAUGCCUAUAAAUCUAGACGCAGCCAUAUGGGGUGCUUUGUUAAAUGCAUGCAGAAUUCACCGGCGGGUUGAACUUGGGGCUCUUGCAGCUAAGCAUAUUUUCGCCAUAGAUGAGGAAAAUGUAAGGUAUUACGUUCAGUUGUCUAAGCUGUAUGCUGACAGUGGUAGAUGGGAUGAAGUUGCAAAACUAAGACAAACAAUGAAAAAGAGAGGUCUAAUUGUAGAUCCUGGAUGCAGUUGGGUUGAAGUAAAAGGAAAGGUUCAUGCAUUCCUAAGUGGUGACAAUUUCCAUCCUCAAAUCAAGGAAAUAGAAGCUGUUUUGGAAAGCUUUCAUGAGAAAAUGAAAGCAGUAAAUUUCGAAGACGCAGAAGGAGGUCCUAUAGAUAAAGUUGAAGCUUCAAAAUCUGAAAUUUUUUGUGGGCAUAGUGAGAAAUUGGCAAUUGGUUUUGGACUCAUCAAUACAGGUCCUGGGACACCUAUUUGGGUGACAAAGAAUCUGUACAUGUGCCAAAGCUGUCAUAAUACAGCAAAGUUUAUAACAACGGUUGUCCGCAGGGAGAUUACUGUUAGAGAUGCUGAAGAGUUCCACCGUUUUAAAGAUGGAGUUUGCUCUUGUGGAGAUGAAGGUUAUUGGAAAAAGAAGAAAAUAGCAUAACAAGAGGUUAAAAAAAAUCUAUUCUUUGGCUCUUUUGUAAAAUCUAUCAUAUUCACCUUUGAACAGGAAAGUGAAGAGUUUAUUUGGGGCACUUCACUGGAAAUUUUGUUUAGCUCAGAACAGUUGAUACUCCGUUCUAUCUGGAAUAGAACAAUUUGCAUGUAUGUAUGUAUACUAUUACUAUUUACUACUGUCAUUUUCAUUGCUAUUCCAGUACUAGUCGGUUUCCUGAUCCAUAAUCUUAAGCCUUUUAAAAAGUUGUAACUUUACAUGUAAUGUAUAUUUUAUGUAUGAAAUGUUAUUAUUUACCUA